AUGGCUGGUUAUGGUGGUAGAAAUGAUAGUGGCAGUCAUGUUCCUCAAGUGGGUGGUGCUCAUGGUGGUAGUGAUGGUAACAGCUUUGGUGGUGGUCAUGGAAACCAACAUUGUGGUGCAUUUAGUGGAAAUCAAGGUGGUAACCAAGGGGAUCCUGGAAUCAGUCACGCUGCUCAAGGCAACCAUGUUGGCCAACAUGGUGGUUUAGGAGGUGAUCAUAAAACUGUUGGUUAUAGUGGUCACCAAGAAGGUCAUAAUGUCAAUAACGGUACUCAUGUCAACCAAGUUGGUCAUGGUAGCCACACUGUUUAUGUUGGAGAUGAGAAACUUCAAUAUUAG